GUGCCGUUCCGAGCAGUCGAAGCGGUUGUUGUGUCGUGCUGCGCUGCGGCGGUAUUGCAAGGGCGUUAGUAUCGCCAUCAGCGCUGAAUAAUACCGCACGCCCGCUUUGUUUUGUAGCUCUUGUCAGCGAACCUCCCCCCUGAAAACCACGCCCACCCUUCUCCUCCUCACUUCCUUCCACCCAUCUCUCCCUCCCUCUCUCUCUCUCCUCUCGCUACUUCCUUUCUCCCUCUCUCUCUCUGCACAGAUCACCGGGCUAGCUCGAUCGACCGACCGAUCCAUCGGCCGUUUCAGCUCAGCUGCGUUGAUCUGUGCGUGGCAGAGAUGGCUGGCGCGGGGGGUGCGACGGCGGUGCAACAGCCGGCGGUCGGGAGGAGCGGAAGCGCCGCGGCCGGGGCGCCGGUGGCGGACCCGCGAGCGGAGGCGCUGCGGUGCCCGCGGUGCGACUCGGCCAACACCAAGUUCUGCUACUACAACAACUACUCGCUGUCGCAGCCGCGGCACUUCUGCAAGGCGUGCAAGCGCUAUUGGACGCGCGGUGGCACGCUACGCAACGUCCCCGUCGGCGGGGGCUGCCGCAAGAACAAGCGCUCCAGGAGCAGCGCUGUCGGUGGCGCCGGAGGGAGGAACGGCGCUUCCACUGGCGCUGCGGCUACCACGUCCUCCUCGGCGGCGUCGACGCUGUCGCUUCCGCCUCCGCCGCCGAGCUCGCUGACGUCGCUGACGUCCGCGUUGGGCCUGCCCGAGGGGACCUCGCUGGCGUCGCUGCUUCUUGGCAACGGCUCCGGUGGCGACCACCUCGGCCUCUUCCAGGCGGCCAUGCAGUCGGUGGUCUCCGACGCCACGGCCUACGAGAUGCAGCAGCAGCAGCAGCAGCAGCAGACGCAGGUGGACCACAUGCUAGGCCUCGGCUACGGUGGCGGUGGCGCGGGUGCGCAGAUCCAGCUCAAGCCUUGGAUGCAGGAGGCCGGGGCUGGUGGCGGUGGGAUCAUGCACAGCUUCUACGCGCCGCUGCUGUCCAGCUCCAUCGUGCCGGGUCUGGAGGAGCUGCACGUUAAGGCGGAGGCCGCCGGCGCCGGGGAGCACCAGCAGAAGGCGGCGGCCGGGGAACAGAGGGGCAGCUGGGAGCUGCCGACGCCGUCGUCGUCCAACAUCGAAGCCAACACCAUCGCGUCGGACGCACUCAUGGCCGCGGCCACGUCCAUGAACCCCGCGGUUAGCUCCACCUCCACUGCGCCCGCCGCGCCCUCCUCGUUCAUGUACUGGGGCAACGGCGGCAUUGGCGGCGCCGCCGCAGCGUGGCCGGACAUCGCCAACUGCGGAUCCUCCAUUGCCACGCUCUUCUAGUCGCCUGGCUCUCCUGCUGGCUCGUUAACUUUAUCUUUUUUCACCUUAAUUUUUCUGGUAAAUUUUUUUUCUUGACUGAAAUAACAUGUAAUUUGUGGGGGAAAGCUGAGAUGAGAGAGAGAGAGAGCGCGCGCACUGUGGAUGAAGAGAGAUCUUCUCACCGGCCUCAUAUGGCAGGAAAUUAGACAGAUCAAAUUCUAGAGGAUUUUCUUCGCUGAGACAAACAUCGCUUCGGGUCCAUCAUCCAUGUUCUUUCCUGUCGAUCGAUGAUCAAGAUGACGACUAGCAUGCAUGGAUUUAGAAGAAGAUGAAGGAGGAGGAGAAGUUCAUGAGACCAGGGGAAGCGAAGAAGCCAAGAAGUGUAAGUGCAGUGUUGCCACUUCUUGAUUUGCUACUUCUUGGCUAGCUUCUCCUUCCUUGGGUGUUUUGUACAUAGGGCAUAUGGUGUGGGGGAUACACACAGUAGCUAAGCUUAGCCCAUGAGAGCAGCAGCUAGCAUGGUGGUGCAAGCCAUGGGCCUCUCUCUCUCAUCUCGGCAUUUUAUUCAGUGUGUUUAAUUGGUUUCUCUCUCUCUCUCUACCAUGGAUUUGGGAAAAGCUCUCUAGAUGUACAAGUUAAUACUAGUACUUUUUCUACUCCUUUGCAGCUGAACUAGAGAACUGUUUUUGAGUUCUCAUGCAUAAGGGUUGUUGAGGGUUCAUCAACUUCUUUGUUUCCUUUAUUCUUCUAGAGUGGAAUUUUUCUUUCUUUUGGGGGUUUUGUUCAAACUUUGCUUGUAUGGAUGAAUUAUGAUGACUUUGUGAGUUAUGAGAAAUUAAAACAUCUGCAGUUCUCAUGACGGUA